ACAAGAAGAUCCAAUUAUAACAAGUAGUGAUAACAAAAAAAAUAAAAAUUAUCGUUACGAUUCUAAGAAUGACAAGCAUAAGUUUCGCACUCAUCAAGUAACUUCAGAAUCUGAUAUUAGUGAUUCUAAUAGUUCGUCAAGCAGUUUGAAUCAGAAAUCUUAUAGAUAUCAAAAUAUAUUUAUAUUUCAGAUAUGCCAACUAAUCUUUGACAAACCCUGA